GUUGAGGUUGGGUUGGGACUGGGCUGGGUUGAGCCAACACAACUUGCAGCCCUAGUUCUGGCAAAUGAUGUUGCAUUUGCACCGGCAAAUGAUGAUGUUGCAUUUAUACACGAUAAACAUUCAUACUAAAAUAUGAUCUUACCCAAAUUGAAGAACAAAGUCUGUUGUUCAGCAAUGUCUUAAAGUUGACCAUUAAGUAAAUUCAAAAUCUAAUGGUACAAAGCUUUAACAAUAUAGCAGUACUAGUGCAUAAGGGAAACUAUGAUGAUGUAAAGAUUAGAUUAGGUGGGUCUGACACUGGUUUUUGAAAAGCCCAUCUUAACGUCUCUAUUGACCGAUUUCCCGCCCAAAUUGUCAAAAAAUUUGAAUUGCUUUCUCUUUCUUAAAAUCCCGAAACUUUACAAUUUUAAAUAGAAUGGGUUUCUCGGACAUUUAACCCUUUUACCUUAUCUCCAACGGAGUACUACUGUACUCUUCUCUCUCUCUCACACAAUCUUCGUUCACUCCUAGUCCCUUCUCUGUAACGGUUCUCUCUAUAUCUCUAAGAAAUGGGUAGUUGUUUAAGCAAGAAAUGCGCUAGUUGUUCUUCAGCUAGUGCAAUUCCAGAGCCACCAGAUCCAAGCAAGUCCAAUACAGAUGUAGAAAAGAAGAAGAAGGCGGAGGAAACAACUGUGAAGAAGGAAAUAUUUGUCAUAAAGCAUCGGAAAAACCACAGCCACGACUUUGAUCGGCGAUCUGAAGAAGAAAAACUCGGAGGAAAUCAGAAGGCCACUUGUUCUAAUUCUAUUACGAGUGCUACAUCUGAAGAAAUCGAAAUCGGUAACAAUGGGGUUAGCUGCAAUGUGAUGAAUGGAGGAUUGGGGAAUGGAAGUGUCAUAGUUAGGACCUCAAGCUGCACAAAAGAAGAGGUGGAUGCUAUUUUGAUACAGUGUGGACGGCUCAGCCGGAGUUCGUCCACCGGCAAGGCUGCUUCCGGUGGUGGAUCUGACAACACGAGCAAUCCCCACCGUGGCGGAAAGUACUCUGGUUCAAAGAGGAGUUAUGAUUUUGACUGCGAUACGGAGAAAGGCAAUGAAAUUGAAGAAGGUAAUUACAAUGACAAUGGUGUUGGUGGUGAUGGGAUGGCGGCGGCAGAGAGAAUCCACCGCCACCGGCAACGCCAGCGCCAAUCAAGGGCGGGUUCUUCUCCGUCCAAUGGGAGGAGGAGGACUCCCAGCAGGGAAAGAGACCAACAGCAACAGGAGCAGCAGAGGUCUGGCAGCAGAGAAAGAGGGGGCAGCGGCGGCGGUGGUGGUGGGAGAAGGGUGAGUCGGUCUCCGGGCAGAAGAUCUGAAUCACCAAUUAGUACUACCAAUGCCAAUGCUAGUGGCACUUGUACUAGACCUGGAAAGAUGGUCUCUGUCCCUGCUACAGUUUCUUCCUUGACAAUGGAUAAGAGCAAUAAUGGCGGUGGUGGGGGUGCAGAGCCUCUGUCUGGUGCUACCAUUAGAAGGAUUUCGGUGAAGAGAAAUGCCGGGGCAGCGUCGCCUCGUUCUCGGUCCCCUGCAAGGGCAAAUGCUGGUGUUGCUAAUGACAAUCAGAAUGCCCAUUUCAAUCAACACCUACAACAGCCAUUGUCCCUUAGUCGCAGCAAUUCGAGGAAGGCUGAACAUUCCCCUUACAGAAGAACCCCUUUGAGUGAGAUUGAUGCAAAUGUACCACCCAGCCACAAGUCUGCCAAUAACAACAACAGCAACAUUCUACUUCAGACUCCAGUGCAGAAGCAAAUGGUUGAGAAUGAAAGCAAUAAUAAAGUGGUUGUUCAAGGGUUUGAAAACAAAACCAGCAAUGGCAAAGGUGCUCUGGACAAUGUUCUCACUCUGGAUUGCAAAUCAAGGGAAAUAGUGGAAGAGGCUAAAGGAAAUGAAAGCCUUAAACCCCAAAUAUUAACAAGAAGUAGGUCCUCUAGGCGAUCCCGGGAGCUAGACCUCAAUCCUGAAGCUCUAUUGAAUCCUAAUCCGUCCUACACUGCACUAUUACUGGAAGAUAUCCAAAACUUCCAUCAAAAGAACACCACCACCACCACCACCACCACCACCAUGACGUUUUCGCUCCCACCUUGUGUUACCAAGGCCUGCUCCAUCUUAGAAGCAGUCGCGGACCUCAACUCUUGUACCAGCUCCAAUCUGUCCUGCACUCUCUCUGAUGGCAAAAGAAGCCCCAUGUCUCAGCAAUUCAAUAAGCAUAGUCACAAAUUUUCUUCUGGAGCCAAUCCUGCUGGGAAGAGAAGACUAGAUACAAAAGACCCUUUUGCAGAAUCUGAAGUUGUUGCUGAUGAUCUAAUGGAGCCGAGUUUUCACAAUUAUGUGACUGUGAGAAGGGGCAUGGUGGAAGAGGGGGAUAUAGAAGAGCAAGAAUCCUCAGGUAGCAACAGCUUUGUGGGGGGUCAACAACAUUGGGUUUCUUCGUCUUCCUGGGAGCCCAAUUCAGCUGACUCAACCAAUUGUUGGACAGCGUCGAGGUCCAAUGCCAGUGAGGAUGUUCGGAGUCAAUUAGGCUUGCGGAGGCAUGGUUUCUCUGAGUCAGGCUGCCAUACGAAUGAAGCCCAAAGAAGGCUGAGUGGAAAGAAGAGAGAACCUGAUCACCAUCAGAUAGGCAUCAGGCGUGGCAGAGAUGGUACCGGUAGAGGUCUUCACACCAUGCCUAGCACUGCAGCUGCUUCAACCUAAAUAAUAUGAACUGAUUAUUCAGUUGUACCAUUUAAUUGAGAACAUAAUUGGAUGAAUGUUGCAUACUUUUGCAACCUUCAUGUAGUUUUAAUGUUAACAGAAUUGUUUGGUUGUUCAUUUUUCAUACUUGUAAUAACUGAAAAGCGCACAGAUGAAAAAAAUUAUACGGUUUGGUACGCGUGACCAGGUGCUAGAAAUAUGUGUAAGAUUCUACCAAGACUCGAAUUUUACUUCUACAAGAUUGAGAAUUUUUGUCCUUCAAGAGGUCACUACUAAACUUGACGAUGAAAAAAAUUCAAUAUGACAAUGUAGCGCAAAAAAAUUAGUGUUAGAAGUGUAGGUUGUAUUAGUAUGCAGCACAUAAAAGGAAAACUCACUUUUGUCCUUUGUCCCAUCGAAUUUGAUUUGUUUGACUAGGUCUCUCUUUUUGAAUUUUUUGUUUUUUUUUUACUUUGUUACCCAGGCAUAUCUUCCGGUUAAGUCUUGUUGGAAUGACAUUCGAAGUUUUUCAGGUCAACUUCUUCCUUCUAUUUAAUCUGAUUAUUAAUUUUCUUUUAUUUAUUUAUUUUUAAACUCACAAGCAACCCACUAUAGCAAUUGCACCCCCACCUUUUCUUCCGCUGGAUGAGAGGUAUACCAGUUGAGUUAUUGGCUCAGUUUCUAUUAGACCUACAAACUUAUCAAUUUUUAUUAGAUUCAUACCGAUCCUUGUUUUAGUCUCAAAUUUCAAUUGAAAGUAAAAGCAGGCGUUAACAAUAUUACUAAAUUUUGCAUAAAAUUUACUACAAGUCUAGGGUAAAGUACAGUCACAUCUCUUGAGGUUUGGCAAAAGAACACUCAGAGAAAACUUACCUGU